AAUAAAAGAUAAUAUGGAGCCAUCUGAAGAAAUAAAGAUUAGCCAAGACAUCUUUGUGGGAAAGAAGAUCGGAAAGAUCAGGGACCACUACAGAAUUGGAAAGGUGUUGGGAUCAGGUGCUUUCGGAGAAGUUCGUUUGUGCUUGCAUAAGGAAUCUCAAAUUCAGAGGGCAGUUAAAGUAUUAAGGAAGAAUCUUUUAGACGAGAAGGAGAUGGAAAUGCUCAAGAAUGAGAUUAGUAUACUAAAGGAAAUGGAUCAUCCUAAUAUUGUUAAAAUGUAUGAGUUCCUCGAGGAUGAAAAGAGAAUUUAUAUUGUAACAGAGAUCUGCAAAGGUGGUGAACUAUUUGAUGAAAUUCUUAGAGCAUCCAAGUUCACUGAAGCCCAAGCCCAGGUCGUCAUGAGAUGACUGCUCUCAGCUAUCAACUACUGCCACAAGAAGAGCAUCGUCCACAGAGAUCUCAAGCCUGAGAACAUGCUGCUCGAGCAAGACAAAGACUUGGAGAAACUCAAGAUUGUUGAUUUCGGAACCUCCAUGACUUUCGAUCCAGAUAAUGUAUUGAACGAGAAGCUCGGAACAGCUUACUACAUUGCCCCUGAAGUCAUCCACAAGAAGUACAACGAAAAAUGUGAUCUGUGGUCAUGAGGUGUCAUCAUGUACAUUCUGUUGUCCGGAGAGCCUCCAUUUAAUGACCCUGCCGCAGACAACGAAGCAAUCAUGAAGAAAGUGGAGCAAGGCAAGUACGACCUCAAGAAAGGAGUCUGGGGUAGCAUCUCCAAAGACGCCAAAGACCUCGUCAAGAAGCUGCUUACUUUCGAGCCAGAUGACAGGAUUUCAGCAGAAGAGGCGCUGCUGCAUCCCUGGAUACAGGCUACCAAGAUCGAAGUAGACGCUGAUGCCGCCAGCAAUGCUCUGGGAAACCUCAACACUUUCAGGUCUGGCCAGAAGCUCAAGGUGGCUGCUGCAUCUUACAUCGGAUCUCAGUUGAUUUCGAAGAGCGAGAAAGAAAAGCUUGGAUCUGUUUUCAAGAAGCUCGACAAGAACGGAGAUGGAAAGCUCUCCAGAGAAGAAAUACUCGAAGGCUACGAAACCCACUUUGGAAGACUCCUCAACGAAGACGAACUUGACCAGCUGUUCAACGACGUCGACACUGACAAGAGUGGAUUCAUCGACUACUCCGAGUUCAUUGUGGCUUCGAUGAGUUCGAAGAAGAACAUGUCUGAAGAGAAGCUGACAGCAGCCUUCAAGAUGUUCGACGCUGAUGGAAGCGGAACCAUUUCAAAGGAAGAACUGAAGGCAGUGCUGAGUUCAUCCCACCAGAUCGGCGACGAGACCAUUGAGCACAUCCUGACUGAAGUCGACAAGGACGCAAGCGGAGAAAUCGAAUUCGACGAGUUCGCAGAACUUAUGGGAAGGCUGGACUUAAAUAAGUAGCGGAGCAAGCAGGGAUAUAGCUGGAACAUAUAUUAGCGUCAAAUAAACAAUUC